UACACACACGAUGGGAGAUGAGGCCAAUGACGACAAGAAGCCAACAACUAAAUUUGAACUUGAGCGAGAAACAGAACUUCGCUUUGAGGUGGAGGCGUCUCAGUCAGUUCAGUUGGAGCUGCUGGCUGGCAUGGCAGAAAUCUUUGGCACAGAGUUGACCCGAAAUAAGAAAUUCACCUUUGAUGCAGGUGCCAAGGUGGCUGUUUUCACCUGGCAUGGCUGUUCUGUGCAGCUGAGCGGCCGCACUGAGGUGGCUUACGUCUCGAAGGACACCCCUAUGCUACUGUACCUCAACACUCACACAGCCUUGGAGCAGAUGCGGAGGCAGGCAGAGAAGGAAGAAGAGCGUGGUCCCCGGGUGAUGGUAGUGGGCCCCACUGAUGUGGGCAAGUCCACAGUGUGCCGCCUACUGCUCAACUAUGCAGUACGUUUGGGCCGCCGCCCCACGUACGUGGAGCUGGAUGUGGGCCAGGGCUCUGUGUCCAUCCCUGGCACCAUGGGGGCUCUCUACAUUGAGCGACCAGCAGAUGUUGAAGAGGGCUUCUCUAUCCAAGCCCCUCUGGUCUAUCACUUUGGCUCCACCACUCCUGGCACCAACAUCAAGCUUUAUAAUAAGAUUACAUCUCGUCUGGCAGAUGUGUUCAAUCAAAGGUGUGAGGUGAACAGAAAGGCCUCGGUGAGUGGCUGCGUCAUUAACACCUGUGGCUGGGUCAAGGGCUCUGGCUACCAGGCGCUGGUGCACGCGGCCUCCGCUUUUGAGGUCGAUGUGGUGGUGGUUUUGGAUCAAGAACGGCUGUACAACGAACUGAAACGGGACCUGCCCCACUUUGUCCGUACUGUGCUCCUCCCUAAAUCAGGGGGCGUAGUUGAGCGCUCCAAGGACUUCCGGCGGGAGUGUAGGGAUGAACGGAUCCGAGAGUAUUUCUACGGCUUCCGAGGUUGUUUCUACCCCCAUGCCUUCAAUGUCAAAUUUUGCGACGUGAAAAUCUACAAAGUUGGGGCCCCUACCAUCCCAGACUCCUGUUUGCCUCUGGGCAUGUCUCAGGAGGACAAUCAGCUGAAGCUGGUACCUGUGACCCCGGGCCGAGAUAUGGUGCACCACCUGCUGAGUGUAAGCACCGCGGAGGGCACAGAGGAGAACCUUUCGGAGACAAGUGUUGCCGGCUUCAUCGUAGUGACCAGUGUGGACCUGGAGCACCAAGUGUUUACCGUCCUCUCUCCGGCUCCGCGCCCCCUGCCUAAGAACUUCCUUCUCAUCAUGGAUAUACGAUUCAUGGAUCUUAAGUAG